CUGCAGUGUAUAAAGAAUUCCUCAUGGCGCUGUGGAUAGGGUCGGUGAAAGACCUAAAAAGUCAACAUACUCAAGUAACAUCAUGUGUUGAAAUGGUGUCUAAAGAAAGUGACUGCCUUACUUCCAGGAAGCCAUGCAAUCUUACUGAGCUGUCAACAGUUGAGACAUCUUCUCUUUUCUGCAUUCCAGAAGUUUCAGUUCUAUCAGAUGAAUUCUCACGGCCAGCAGUGAUAGGCCAUGUUGGAGUUUGUAAUGCAUAUUUUGACAGCCCUGCCGAUGUAAGAGAGAUAUUACUUUCAGCACUAAGUACAGUGGACAGGCUGUCUGUUGCAGAAAAGGACACACCUUCUAUGUUAUAUGAACCACAGGACAGUGAUAUGGAGAUCCUGGAUAACAGCACUGAUGAUGACUUUUGCUGUGACAGUGAUGACAGCUGUGGAUUAAAUGUUGUUCACAGUCACUCAAAUGACCUUAAGAAAAGCACUGAGAGCCAGCAUGGUCUUAACAUAAGCUCUACUGACUCUCACUUUAAGGAUAAUAUGCCACAGAAAAGACACAUGAACAGAAGUAUGGCCCUUUGGUCUGUAGACAGUGCCUCAAAAUCUCAAUCAACAUUUUGUGGAAAAGCUGUCAUGCUAGUCAAGGAUGCUUUACCUAGUGCUGGUAGCAGUCAGCAGAAUGGAGAGUAUUAUACGAAUUUGGAAAAACGGACAUUUUCUUCAUUGACUUGUACUCCAGAAAAACAUUUUAAAGAAAGCAGCAGACCAGUAGCUGCAGCAUUUCACAGAUUUUGGCCCAUAGGAUUUUCAGUGCCAUUUAAAUAUUCACGAUCUGCAUAUCUUAAACAGAAUAUACUGAGAGAAAGCAGUAGUGUGAGGUGGCACACAUCAUUGGAACCGUCUUGUCAUUAUGAAAACGUGUAUAUAGCAGCAAAUACAGAAUCACAAAACUCAGCAGAAUCUAAUUCAACAGAGAGAGUUAAAGCUGAUCUUCACAGGGAAAAUGCACAUUUCAUUGUCGCAGACAUGAUUAUAUCUGCUGUGGAGAAUAUAAAGUGCAACAUAUUGAGCCAACAAGCAGAAAAUUUCACAGAAAAUGAAGGUGGACAACUGUUCUUGGGUUUCCAGCUAGAUGCAAACAGUGAUGCCUGCACAGCCAUGAAAGAACACUCAGACUCCUCUGCUUCAUUAGACAGCGGUUAUGAAAGCUGCCAUGCAUUACUAUGCAACAUGUCUGGAACUUCAGAUGAAACAGAUUUUGAAUGUCAGUGUUCAGAUGACUGCGACAAAGAAAUCAACAUGAGUGAAGGAAAAGGGGUACUCCAGAAAGAUAAUGCUACUUCUGAGGACACCCCAGAGCUGCUUCCAAGAUCCUGUUCUAAUUUGGAUUUGUGCUCCCCUGAAGUCUUAGCUCAGCAGCUAUUCAAAUCAUUCCGGAAGCAGUGGUCAUCAGCUGAGACUGAAAGUCACUUCUGUACCACUUUAUUUAUUAACAAAGAGGAAUUUACACCAAAUGAUGACAUGUUAGCAAUCAAGUUAACAUCCAGAAUGAGAGGAACUGCAGUGUGGGCACCACCACGAUAUAUUAUUAUAUUUAAUAUCCAUCCAUCAAUGAAGAGAGAAGCUGUCGUAGCUGCUCAGAAUUUUCUUUGUGCUGGCUGUGGCACUGAAAUUGAGCCAAGAUACAUCAAGAAACUCCGAUACUGUGAAUACCUAGGAAAGUAUUUCUGUGACUGUUGCCAUAGUAAUGAAGAAUCUUGUAUACCAGGUCAAAUACUGAUGAAAUGGAAUUUCAACAAAUUCCCAGUAUGUAAUUUUUCUAAAGGACUUUUGGAGGAAAUAUGGCAAAAUCCACUUUUUAACGUGUCAUGCAUCAACAAGCAAAUAUAUACAAAAGUAAAGGACAUGGAUAAAUUCAGAGAGGUGCGAGAGCAAGUUAUACUUGUUAAACGGUUGUUGAAAACUUGUAGAUUUGCAGAAAGUGUAUUACAUCUGUUUGAGCAAGUUUCUAACCAUAUGACUGAAGAGCUACAUCUUUUCUCAGUGGAUGAUUUGAUAAAAGUGAGACGAGGGGUUCUGACUCCCAUUUUCAGAAGCCUGCUGAAAAGUGCUACAGCUCAUGUAGAAGGCUGUCAGCUCUGCCAGGCCAAAGGAUUUAUUUGUGAAUUUUGUCGAGCUAAAGAUAUACUGUUCCCAUUUCAGACUUCUAAAUGUUUCAGGUGCAAAGAGUGCAAAUCAUGCUUCCAUAAAAGCUGUUUCAAGUCUGAAGAUUGCCCUAGAUGUGCAAGGAUAGAGGCCCGAAAGCAACAACUGUCACAUUCCUCUUCAAAUACUGAGUGAUUCAAAAAGCAUGAAAGUUGUUGUACACUUAACAGUAUGAUCAUUAAACAUAAAUAUGAUCUGAAAAUUUUACCUCUGUAAAUAAUGUAAAUAAACAACAUAUAUAUUUA